CAUGUAAAACAACAACAAUCACUACAGCAGCACUGGACGAAGAGAUGGCUCCCUGAAAGCUCAGCACCUGGCCCCGAUCUCUCCGCUUAUCCCGGUCCAACAAGCUGCUAUUCCCAGCGGAGCUUUUGAUGGUGCCGAGCCCAUGAACCUGGCCAGUCAGAGCGGGGACGCUGGCGGCAGCCAGCUCCUCUUCGCCAACUUCAACCAGGACAACACGUCCUUGGCUGUUGGCACCAAAUCAGGAUACAAGUUUUUCUCCCUGUCCUCUGUGGACAAAUUGGAGCAGAUCUAUGAAUGUAGGUCACUGGGCGCUGGAACCACUGGAGCUGACAAUGGGCGAAGGCAGGCUGACACCGAGGAUGUGUGCAUCGUGGAGCGCCUGUUCUCCAGCAGCCUGGUGGCCAUCGUGAGCCUGAAGGCGCCCCGGAAGCUCAAAGUCUGUCACUUCAAGAAGGGAACCGAGAUCUGCAACUACUCCUAUUCCAACACCAUAUUGGCUGUGAAACUCAACAGACAGAGGCUCAUAGUGUGUCUGGAGGAGUCGCUUUACAUUCACAACAUCCGAGACAUGAAAGUGCUACACACCAUCAGAGAGACUCCUCCCAACCCUUCAGGAUUGUGUGCUCUCUCAAUCAGCAAUGAUAACUGUUACUUGGCGUAUCCCGGCAGUGCGACAAUAGGCGAAGUCCAGGUUUUUGACACGGUCAACCUGCGAGCAGCGAAUAUGAUUCCGGCCCACGACAGCCCGUUGGCAGCGCUGGCUUUCGAUGCCAGUGGAACUAAGCUGGCCACAGCCUCAGAGAAGGGCACAGUCAUCCGCGUCUUCUCAAUCCCAGAGGGGCAGAAGCUCUUCGAGUUUCGACGGGGAGUCAAGAGGUGUGUGAGCAUCUGUUCUCUGGCGUUCAGUAUGGAGGGCCUGUACCUUUCUGCCUCCAGCAACACGGAGACGGUCCACAUCUUCAAACUCGAGACACAGAAAGAGAAAUAUGUGCCGGCAGAGGAGCCCGCCACAUGGGGAGGCUUCCUGGGGAAGGUCCUGAUGGCCUCCACCACUUACCUGCCCUCGCAAGUUACAGAGAUGUUCACCCAGGGGCGGGCGUUCGCCACCGUGCGCCUGCCCUUCUGUGGACACAAGAACAUCUGCGCCUUAGCUGUGAUUCAAAAGAUUCCCAGGCUGCUGGUGGCAGCAGCCGAUGGUUACCUGUAUCUUUACAAUCUGGACCCGCAAGAGGGAGGCGAAUGCACGCUGAUGAAGCAGCACAGGUUAGACGGCAGUGCUGAGCCCCCCAAUGAGAUCCUUGAGCAGGGGUCACAUGAUCGCCCACUUGUGGCCCAAACCUACAGUGCAGCUGUCACUAAAGGUUACUGUGAAGAACAAGGCGCCGUCGGCGGCGCGGGGCUCGAAGACGACCUCAACGACCUACGCUUGGAGGAGGAGAACGAGCAGCCGCCGCUCAUCCUCGAAACUGACUGACUGAACAUACCUGCCAAUCAGAGGGCUCCUCUGGUGCUGCUACACACAUGUGACACAAGGAGGGGAGGGCGGGGCGUGGCGGGGCGGGGGCGCGCAGGAACAGAAUCACAAAUGCGGCGGGAGGAGGGGGGAAGUGUUUUAGUUUUUAUUUCCUUUUUCUGAACGCUCAAAGUGUUGAAGAGCCCGUCUGUCCGUCUGCCCGUGCAUUUGUGCGUUCACAUACACGUCUGUCUUCUCCCCUCCCCCCCCCAUCCUCUCCCCUUCCCCCCCCUCCUCAGUUUAGCCUGCGCAGGCCGAACUGAAGCUUUGCAUGUACAUGUGCCAACCGCUGGAAAAAAAAGAAAAAAAAAAACAUGCUCCAACGUGAAAAUGAGCAUCUUUGAGCGUGAGUGUGUGUGUGUGUGUUGGGGGAGAAAAACAAAAAAAGAAAACCAUGUAGCUGUGUCUUCUUCUAAAGACACGCGUGAUAUAUACACACACAGACGCAAGCACUGUGUACAAUGAAAGCGAUUGUGUAAGUGCCUCUCUGCCCUAGUGUCAUGCUUUCUCCCGUCUGAAGAGGGAAGACCUCGUUUUAUUUGUUUUAAUAAAAUCUAAUUUCAUUUGUCGGAUCUUAAUCGAAGGCGUUGCGCUUGUCUUUUCCUCUCUCACCUGCAGUCGCCUGCCGUCCAGCGUGGCAUGAGACAAGUUUACCCAGAAUGCAAUGGUUCUGGCAUGAGGCAGAGGUGUGUGUGUGUGUGAGCGAGUGUGUUUGUGCUGAGAGCCCAUUUAUGUCUGAGAGUGUGUGUGUGCUGGGCAUGUACAUUAGCAAAACAUCUAGUAAUUAGCCUCCACUCGACUUGUCCCUGCUCACGUUUACCUCAUUCAUACAGAGGCUCCCUCUCCUCCCGCCCGCCCCCACCCCUCCUCCCCCAGGCCUGCAAUCAUUGGUUGAUUUUGAACUGAUAUUAUUGAUUUUUUUUUUUUAAAUCUACGUAACCAAUCAUAACCGGUGAUGUGUCAUGCGUAUGAAAACAUGCAUGGUGUUGUUGAUGUGGUACUGUAUCCAUACAUCAGAGACACACAGUGGGGUGGGGGGGGGACAGCUGAGAAACAGGAAGUCCGGAUGGUCUCCUUUUACUCCACUGUAUCUCUGCUCUGUACAUUAGUAGACGUGGCAAGAUAUCACUGUACCAUAUCAUCAGGUUAUGACUUGAGAGUAUCCACCCUUGGGGAGACGGUGGGUUGUUAUAUUCGAUUGAUCCGGAGGUGUCAGGCUGAGCCUCGUCAACUGGUCCAGGAUGCUGCAUGACUCCCCAUUAGUCCUCUGGUGUGUAACGCCGCAGAACGAGGAUUGAGCGGUGGGAUUUUGGCGUGUCAGGCAUUUUCUAAUGAUUUUGUAUAAAAUGUGAAACAUUCAUCUGAAACUAAAAUGACAAUAAAUUCCAUGUUGAUGUAUGA